UUGAGCGAAGUCCUUCGUUUGGUUCAGAAUGAGACGCGUUUUCGGAGCAGCUGUUUUUGUGAUCUCGGCUGUCGGACUAGUUUGCGGUGGGGAAGUUUCGUACAGGAAUUACAAACUCUACGAUGUUGCACCAACUUCCAUGGAUCAGCUGAGUAUGUUUCAAGAAGUGCAAGAUGAUUUUGAGCUGGACUUUUGGAGUGCACCAAAUCUACGUAAGAGUACGCCGGUCAUGGUCAGUCCAACAGCUGACGACUCGUUCAGGAAGUUCUUGCAGCAGUACAACAUAACACAUCAGCUGUCGAACGAGAAUGUUCAGCAAAUAAUCGACCGUGAACAGCACGGACAGCGUGAACAUUUGCGUAGCAAACGAGCAACUGCGGACAAGUGGUCCUUUUCGUUCGACCACUUUUGGACGCUGGAAGAAGUAUACGCCUAUCUGGACAAUUUGGAGCGAACCUAUCCAGACAUGGUGCGUACGAAGAGCUACGGCCAAAGCACCGAGGGUCGUCCGCUGCGGGUGAUAACGAUUUCCAAGAACUCUGUUGUGAACUCGCUUCGACCGGUCGUGCUGAUCGACGGAGGUAUUCAUGCCCGCGAGUGGGGCAGUCCGAUGGCCGUGCUGUAUCUGAUUCAUCAGCUGGUGGAGAAUUCCACCGAAAGUGAGCAAUUGUUGGAGAAGACGGACUGGGUGAUCAUGCCGGUGGCGAACCCGGACGGGUACGUGUACUCGCACGAGCGGGAUCGGAUGUGGCGGAAGAACCGGGCACGAGUCAACACGCUGUGCCAGGGAGUGGAUCUGAACAGGAACUUUCCGUUUCAGUGGAAGUAUACGAGUGGGGAGUGCACCAACGGGUACGCCGGCUCCACGCCCGGUUCCGAGCCGGAAACGCGCGCCCUCAUGCUGCUGAUGGCUACGUACGCCCGCGCCACGAAACUGUACCUUGCCGUCCACACGUGCGGCGAUUACAUCCUGUACCCGUACGGGUACGAUUACGUGCAAGCCCCGAACGCGGCCGAGCUGCAAUCGCUGGGGGAUCUUGCGGCGGACGCCGUCAAGACGGCGGGUGGACCGGAUUACAGCGUCGGAGGCGCUUCGUUCCUGCUGUAUCCGGCCAACGGGAGUGAUGAUUUUAUCUACGGAAGUUUUGGCAUCAAGUACGCGUACACGUUGGAGUUGUCCUGCGGAACGGACGGAGAUGGGUUCGUGCUUUCCGUGCCCGAAAUGCAGAACGUUACCAGGGAUGCGUUUGAAAUGUUCAAAGUUUUUGGGAAGUUUGCCGGAGAACAACCGGUGAAGCCGCGCCGGCCGUAAUCUUUGUGGACAAACAUUGUGCGAAAAAGUAUUGAUUAGUCUGGUCUUCAUGGUUCUUAUCUGACAGCGAUUGGUCAAUAAAAGUAAUCACUCAAAUAACAAUCUC